GAGGAUUUCUUUUCAUAUCCCUGAAAGUUAUGGCAGAUUAAUAUAUAUUGUAAAUAAAAUGUUCAACCUUUCCUAUAAAAAGAUCUAAAUAAAAUUGAAGUGAUCAUCAUGGAAUCCAAUGUGUUCAGGAAAAAUACCACUAUCAACUAUCAUGAUAUAAAUCUAUAAUGAUAGAUAGAGAGAGACAAAUAGAAUAAAUAAAAAUACUGUAAGUAGUAGAAAAAAAGUAAUAAUGAUGGAAAAAGAUAAAACAUCACGCAAAACCUUAAAAGAAAGUCGUCUGGUUGUCGUGUGCUGCUCUCUCCUCAAAUAGUUUUGCCAAAGUUUUCACGUCAAUUUUUUUUUACCCCCACUCUCCUUCGUAUCAUACUAUAUUAGUACAACGAGUACCCACCUCUUUUUCACCUAACCUUCUCUACGCUCUCCCCCAUUGAUAAAAAUGUCAGUCAACCAUUACUCCACGGACCACCACCAGGUCCACCACCACCACACUCUCUUCUUGCAGAACCUCCACACCACCGACACAUCGGAGCCAACCACAACCGCCGCCACAUCACUCCGCGAAGACCAGAAAGAGUAUCUCUUCGAGAAAUCUCUCACACCAAGCGACGUUGGCAAACUCAACCGUCUCGUUAUACCAAAACAGCACGCGGAGAAGUACUUCCCUCUCAACACCAUCAUCUCCAAUAAUGCUGAGGAGAAAGGGAUGCUUCUAAGCUUCGAAGACGAGUCAGGCAAGUGCUGGAGGUUCAGAUACUCUUACUGGAACAGCAGUCAAAGCUACGUGUUGACUAAAGGAUGGAGCAGAUACGUCAAAGACAAACAGCUCGACCCAGCCGAUGUUGUUUUCUUCCAACGUCAACGUUCUGAUUCCCGGAGACUCUUUAUUGGCUGGCGUAGACGCGGUCAAGGCUCCUCCUCCGCCGCGAAUACGACGUCGUAUUCUAGUUCCAUGACUGCUCCACCGUAUAGUAAUUACUCUAAUCGUCCUGCUCACUCAGAGUAUUCCCACUAUGGCGCCGCCGUAGCAACAGCGACGGAGACGCACUUCAUACCAUCGUCUUCCGCCGUCGGGAGCUCGAGGACGGUGAGGCUUUUUGGUGUGAAUUUGGAGUGUCAAAUGGAUGAAGACGAAGGAGAUGAUUCGGUUGCCACGGCAGCCGCCGCUGAGUGUCCUCGUCAGGACAGCUACUACGACCAAAACAUGUACAAUUAUUACACUCCUCACUCCUCAGCCUCAUAACAUGAAUAUAGGUUUCACGGGAGAUACGAUGAAGCAGGUUGGAGAUAGACGAGGAUGAGAGGUCCAAAGACGUGACAAGAAAUGACCAAGACUUUCGGCAUUCUCUAUAGCCACAGAUGCCAAUUUUCUGGAAAAUUUGUAUGCAUUUUUAAUAAAAAUAUCUCAUUGGCUUCCGUAUAUGUAAAUAAUUAGGAAAAAUAAAUUAGAAAGGAGAAAACAGAUCGCUGAAUUUUAGGAAAACUCUUUUCUUUGUCCUUGUACUUCCAAAGUCAGAAGGAAAAAGAAAUGAAUACAUCUCACGAUGAUUGAUGACGAUGAUCAGAUGAUGUAUUCA